AUUAUGAGAUUUAAACUUUGCCUCGGCUAGAUUGGAGGAUCAACACGCGCUCCUCUCGCAGUUAUUCUCCGCAGUUUCCCAACUGAUAACAUACCUACCCUGCCUACCUACACGGCUCCUUUUAUUGUGGUUAAACGCUGGUGUCAGCUCUCGGUGUAAUAGAGAGAGAAAAAAGAGAGAGGAAAAAAAGCCAAGCCAGGCUCCGGGUCUCUUCAGCAUACAUAAAGGCGAGCAAUGAGAGGAGCUCAGCCUUGAAUUCAAUCACUCUCCGCUAAAUGGAUCUUUGAGACUCACCCUUGGCGCAGGCAGCUGCUGCUUUGCGCGUCUUCAAACCGAAACAGAAAUCUGGAUUUUUCUUUUAUUAUUUUCAUUUUUGUACUAUCUGCCAGAAACAUCUCCCGUCUCUUUGAAUAUGUCUUGUGUUCGCGGUGAGAUACAGUAAGCAGACAGCUUUGUAUCGGGAACAGGCUCUUGCUCUGCGAUCGUUAAGCAGUGGACAUCUGCAGACAUCUGUAUCGCUGGAGGACACCAGGGAUGCUUUCCCUCGCUGAGGAUUUCAACCUAGAUUAUAGUGGUUAUUCAUCCAUGCACACCAGAGAGGCACAGGAUGCAGGAAACUGGCAGAAACAACAAGAUGCGACCAUUUAAUGAUGGUACCCACUAAGGAAAAAAGCACAAGCCAAGUUGAGGUGCUGGAUGCUCUUUUAAGUGUUGCCACAAGUUCACUGCAGGCAAGCCUCAAUCUGAAAGCAGAUUUUUCUAAUUGAUCAAGAUUUUUCUAAUUGAUACAUGGCGAUAACAUCCAGUAUCACACAUCUAUCAAUGAAGAGGAGGCAAAUAAAAGGAUUGUCUCUGGCCCUGAGAUUAGCUGAACAGCUGUACUGAAACCGCAGCCGUAUCACACCCCUUUGAUUCUUUUGGCCCUGCACAUGACUCUCAAAGAAGCACCAAUGGCCUGCAGCUUAGGCAUGGUGAUGAGUGCCUUGUUUUGGUCUGUAGCCAUUGUAUAUUUGACUCAUAUUGGUAGAGUCAGUGGAGACUGCUGGUUAAUUGAGGGUGAAAAGGGCUUUGUAUGGCUCGCAAUUUGUAGUCAAAACCAGCCACCUUAUGAGGCCAUCCCACAGCAUAUCAACAGCACCAUUGUUGACCUUCGUCUGAAUGAAAACAAAAUCAAAAGUAUCCACUAUUCUGCCCUUAGCCGCUUUGCCAACUUGACCUACCUGAACCUGACCAAGAAUGAAAUCUCCUACAUAGAAGACGGGGCCUUUUCUGCUCAGUUUAACUUGCAAGUCCUUCAAAUGGGCUUCAACAAGUUGCGGAACUUGACAGAGGGGAUCCUCAGGGGUUUAGGAAAGCUGCAGUACCUCUACCUCCAGGCAAACCUGAUUGAGACUGUGACACCUAAUGCCUUUUGGGAAUGCCCCAACUUAGAGAAUAUUGACCUCUCCAUGAACCGAAUCCAGCAGUUAGAUGGGUCUACGUUUGCCAGUUUAACUAAACUUACCACCUGUGAGUUGUACACAAACCCCUUCAACUGCUCAUGUGAAUUACUUGGUUUUGUCAAAUGGCUCUCAGUUUUCCCAAACAGGACAAAUGAACGAAUGGUUUGCGACUCCCCACCCGGGGUCUCCGGUUAUAGCUUACUGAGCCAGAUUCCUAACAAUCCAAACUAUCGAAAUGCACUGUACAUGCUUACCAAAGUGUGCACUGAUGAAUAUGUAACACCAUUUAUAACUGUGCCCAUUGAGUCAACAACACUACCACCAGACUCAACGCUUUGUGGAGUGGAAGACUGUCCAUCAGGCACAGAACCAGAAGACACUACCAUCAGUACACCUGAAAAUGAUGUUCAGGGAACUCCUCUGAUGAAAGUGAAGCAAGUAACACACACAGGUGCUAUCAUCACAGUUCAGAUUCCUCAUCCCUAUAAGAAGAUGUACAUCUUGGUUCUUUAUAACAACAGUUUUUUCACAGACAUUCAAAACCUGAAAGAUAUAAAAGAGGACAUUGAAUUAAAAAACCUUAAACCCCACACCAACUACACAUAUUGUGUUGCUUCAAUACGCAAUUCUCUUAGACACAACCAUACAUGUCUGACAGUCUCUACUGGCCCUCGAAAUGGAAAGGACGUAAUUGUGAAAAGUCCGACUGCUACUCACUACAUUAUGACAAUUUUGGGCUGCCUAUUCAGCAUGGUUAUAUUUCUUGGAGUUGUGUACUAUUGCUUGCGAAGAAAGCGCCAACAAGAUGAAAAGCACAAAAAAUCAGGAAGUUUAAAGAAAAACAUAAUGGAACUUAAAUAUGGACAAGAGCUUGAGGGUGGGACUAUAUCUCGAAUGUCACAGAAGCAGUUGUUGGCAGGAGAGAGCAUGGCACGUAUGCCAUACUUACCAUCUGCAAGUGAAAUGGAGCAGUACAAAUUUCAAGAGAUAAGUGAUACUCCUAAGAUGAUGAAAGGAAAUUACAUGGAGGUGCGAAGUGUGGAUCACCAUGACCGCCGGGAGUGUGAUAUGGGAAUGGCUGGGAAUAGUCAGGGAUCAGUGGCAGAAAUUUCCACAAUUGCAAAAGAGGUGGAUAAAGUCAAUCAGAUAAUAAACAACUGCAUAGAUGCUUUAAAGUCAGAAUCCACCUCUUUUCAAGGAGUGAAAUCUGGAGCAGUAUCCACUGCAGAGCCCCAGCUUGUACUAAUAUCAGAACACCCACAGAAUAAAUCUGGCCUCCUGUCUCCAGUGUAUAAGGACAGCUACCACCACUCUCUGCAGAGACAUCGGUCUUCUGAUGUCUCUCCAAAGAGGCCCAGUACAGCCACAGGAGGACCCAUGAGAAGCCCCAGGCCUUAUCGUUCUGAAUCCAAGUACAUAGAGAAAACUUCUCCAACAGGAGAGACCAUCCUCACUGUAACACCUGCUGCUGCCAUCCUGAGGGCCGAGGCAGAAAAGAUCCGUCAGUACAGUGCCCACCGACACUCCUAUCCCGAUGCUCAGAUAGAGGAGCUCGAAGGACCUGACAGCCACAAGUCCUCCAUGUUGGAGCCUCUUACUCACUCCCGCUCCAGAGACUUAACAUAUUCGCAGAUGUCCUCUCAGUACCACAAUCUAAGCUAUUCCUCCAGUCCUGAAUACUACUGCAAACCUUCACAUAGCAUCUGGGAGCGUUUCAAACUCCACCGGAAACGGCAUAAAGAUGAGGAGUACAUGGCUGCAGGGCAUGCACUGCGUAAGAAAGUCCAGUUUGCAAAGGAUGAGGACCUCCAUGAUAUUUUAGACUACUGGAAAGGCGUAUCAUCCCAACAUAAAUCGUAACCUAUCUAGUUUUUGUUUUUUUUAAUGGACUACACAUUGCAGAAAUGACACAACCACCUCAUCUGACAACUGAAUCAGUGGAUACUUCCAUAAUAGAAUUAACUUCUCACUCACACGUACCACAUUCUCUUUCGACUGUGAAGAAAAUGGGGUUAAGAUUCUUUCGAUUUGUCUUAUUAUGUAAAGCAUUCAUGGGAAAAACUAUAUUGCAAAUAAAUAAUAUAUAUGUUAAAAUGGAUAAUAGGUUUUUUGGGUAUCGCAUGGCCAAGUCCUGUGACAGUGGAUUUGCUGUUGUGUAAUAUGAAACUAUUAUAUGAAGAUAUGUCUACUGAAACCUCAGUAUUUUUUGAAGAACUGUUCAGACCCUCAAUUUGAACUUUUUUUUCUUCCCUCCUUGCAUAUAUUUAAUUCAAAACUAUGUACAGAUAUGACUUUCUAUAUUUGCAGUGUUUUCUGUGUAAAUGGAAAAGUGUUAGCGGAUGAAUCAGGUUUAACAAAUGGAGCGCUGAUCAUUUAGAUUAUCUUGUCUAUAAAAAACUGCAAGCCCCACUUUAAACCCAUGAGUCGUUUUAUCAUCAUCAAUGCCUGAUUUCUGUUUUUUUUGUUUGUUUUGUUUUGUUUCUAUGAAGGCUAUUACAUCUUUUACAUGAUUCAAAUGGAUUCAGUACCCUGAAUCACACCAUGCAGUAUUCACUGAAAGGAUCUCGAAAGACUUCAGAAGUGCAGUAUAUGUCAUACUUUAGUGAAGGUCUCUUAGAUUCAUGAAUCACCAUUUGUAUCUUUAGUACCAAAGUCAAAAAAAAAAAAAAGCUGAAAUGUUUACAAUAUUUCUGCACGGCCUGGGGAUCAUAACAUGCAGUGGGUCCAUGAAGAUUUUUUUCUAUCUUAUCAGUUACUUCUUCAAAAGAGAAACAUUGGGAAAUAACAAUAUCUACACACAGGAUGUGGUGUCCAAGCCUACUAUUAAUCACUAAUAUUUCAAAGGGAAGACGGCUGUACUUUGUCACCUGUCAUUUAGGUACAUGGACAGAUGUUGUGCCCUGCAGGAGAGCCCGAUGGAUGAAUGUAACAGAUAUGUAUUUUGAUCUGUCUAUGGCAGCUUUUUAUGUAUAUUUUCAAGGAAAUAUUUAUUUAAUGUUAUAAACUACGGUGUUUUUGUUUUUCCUUUGCUUCAAUAUUUCUUCCAGUGUAUUAUAUUGCAUAAUGUCUGAUCCAAUAAAUGGAGGAAAGUAGUUGGUUUUUCAGAUGGGCCGUGUUGCUUGCUGAGAGGUUUCGUUUUAUUUUUUAUCUGCUAGGCUAUUAAAUCUUUUUGUAUAUUAUGAAAGCUUCAUACCAGGCAAAUAUCAACACGCUAGAGUGAAAUUUGAGAAUGUGAAACUGAAUCCUCUGACUUACUGGCUGUGAAUUUGUAUAUUUUGAGUUUUUUUUUAAAUACAUAUAAUACUUAACACUUUCUUUUUUCUAAGUUGUUUAUAUAAAUCAUUCCAAACAGGCUCAUGAUGAUUCAUCACAUAUUUAUCAAUAAUUUGAGAGUUGCUUCUCUCUUGCUCAUUUUGAAGAAGUGCAAUGAUGUAAUGUAUCUUCAAUGUAGGAUUUGGGUUUAUUAAAGAAUUUGUGGUAACAUUUUACAUCAUUUACUCUAUAGUCAUGAUUUCAAAGUGUUCUCAUCGCUGUCAAUUUAAGGAAACAAGGAAAACUGCUUAUCCAAGUAGAGGCAGUUUUAUUUUCCUUUAUCUCUUUGCAAGUGUUCACUCAUCCAAUGGAUUUUUUUUCUUGCAAAAUGCAAAUUAAUGUACAUUUUUCCAUCCGUCCAGGUUUUAUAUUAAAAUUCAGUUAAUCAGUUAAAAUUCAGUUAAAAAAGUUAAUCGGAAUAAAAACAGUUGAUGGAUAGUCUAGUAUUGACUGUCUAUCAACUGUGGACAGUUGAUGGAGCUGGCUAUCACCGUGACGGCAGACCCUAACCCUAACCCUUACUACAUUUUCUUCUUCAGAAGAAGAAGAGACUGUAGUAAGAUCAAGUAACUAAAAGAGUCAUUAGUCAAACUUCAAAUGAAAAAAAAAGCAAUGUGAAAGUAAUUUCCAUUUAUGUAAAUAUAACAUCUUGAUUUGCUUUUUGCAUUAUUUUGAGAGACAUAAAGUCUCCUCAUUGCUUCACACAGAUCAGAUCUGUUCACUUGACACAUAUUUGACACUAAGCCUGUCUCCACCGCACUCGGUGCACUUUUUGUUUUCACUGAUUUACAAAUCCCUCCUCCUUAGCCAAGCGCAAAACUCUUUACAAUUAACAGAUCAAAUUACAACCAGUUGGUUAUAUUUUUCUGGGUAAGAAUCCAACCUGAGUUAGAUAAAAGAGGCUGUAGCCCUCAGAUGGCUGAUGACGCAUCAGCUAAAAUAUGGCCAGAAUUUUCCUCUGUGGGAGCAGGAAACACAUUUCUUGUCAGGUGUCUCCUUGCUGCUGUUUCUAAAAAAACGCCACAUGCAUUUCUUAGUAGCGUACAAAUGCCAGCCCUUCAAAUGCAAAUGAAUAUUAAACAGUAGAUGAUCAAUGAAUUAAAACAUGAAAGAAUGGCAGACAUAUGCUGUUAUGUAUGAAUUUUGUAUUAAGGUGAGAAUUGAGAGUCUACAAUCUGACAAUAGAGCUAACCUGAGGAAAGAAAAUUGUCUGGUGAAAAAUGUUUUCAUCAGCUCUUUCUUUUCAUCCAACACUGAGUGUGUAAGUGUAACUGCAGGCAUUUAUUACCCUAUUUAUAUUUUUUCUGUCAUAAUUCUGUGUCCAUUUCAUCUAAGUGUGUCAUGAAGCUGUUUUUAUUCAUUAAUGUGAAAUGAAGCAUUCAUGAGCCUGAUGUGAAUGUCUUAUAUAAGCACCUUGUAAAGUGUUAACUGGGUUGUCUGACUUAAUACUUCAACCGCCUUAAGAUUUUGGAAUACUGUAUGUGUACAAGAGUAAACUUCCUUUUGUUUUAUUUCCAAUGUUGAUACUGUUGUUGAGUCUCCAUUUGUUAUUUUUUAUAAAAAGCAUUUCAGUAUCUCAUGAGAGCUGUCAGGUUUCUUGUUCAUUUAGCUAUUUAGCAACCUGUUUUUAUACUGCAUAUUGUAGCACUUCUGUGUCUAAUAAGAGUUUUAAGUGUUGAGAAAACCUUUAGAAAGAUCAACAGUUGUUGUCCAAGUGCAUCAAAACAAACAAGAGCACAAAAUGUGUUUUGUUUUUUUUAUUUCUUAAUACUAUGUUAUCUGCUUUCAGACAAAGUACUGUGAAAUAAAGUUAAGGGUGCACAUGCAGUGUACACUCAGCAUCUUUAUUAUAAGCUGUUAUAUCAGAAUUGCUCCAUGUAAGUAUUGUACUAUAAAUUAAUGCAACUGGCUUAUAUAAGUAACCUAAGGGGUAACUGUUUGAAAUUGGGUAUAACUUCCCAUUUAACUUGUGCUAUAAGAAAUGGUUACCCAAGAUUUUUUGCCAUGAUGACUAACUCUGUAUAUGUAAACUGCCUGAUGCAGGUUAUACUCAUGAUAAUAGAUCAGCUUGACCUACUGAACAAUCGAUUCAAACAGCAUUACCAUUUCUUGGAUAUCCCGUGGACCUCCGUGUGCAGGUUGCCUCCCUGAAUUUGGCUGCGGUAAAUGCAUACCUCUUUGCCUGGAAUAUAUAUUUGAAUUCCCCAUCCCCCUAGUGCAUUAUUAUUAUUAUUAUUAUUAUUAUUAUUAUUAUUAUUAUUA